GCCUAGAGAAACAGAAUGUAAGUUCGCGAGGUCGGGAUGGUUUGUAGAGGCUACAAGGGAUCCUCCUCGCCCACAAAGCAGAGAAAAUGUUCUGAACACACCCCUAUAUGCACCCCCAGUGAGGAGUGUACAGAACGUCUCGACCCCCAUCUAGACUCAAAUGGAGGAUGCACCCCCAGUGAGGAGUUUACAGAACGUCUCGACCCCCAUCUAGACUCAAAUGGAGGAUGCACCCCCAGUGAGGAGUGUACAGAACGUCUCGACCCCCAUCUAGACUCAAAUGGAGGAUGCACCCCCAGUGAGGAGUUUACAGAACGUCUCGACCCCCAUCUAGACUCAAAUGGAGGAUGCACCCCCAGUGAGGAGUGUACAGAACGUCUCGACCCCCAUCUAGACUCAAAUGGAGGAUGCACCCCCAGUGAGGAGUGUGCAGAACGUCUCGACCCCAUCUCCUACACUCAAAUGGAGGAUGCACCCCCAGUGAGGAGUUUACAGAACGUCUCGACCCCCAUCUCCUACACUCAAAUGGAGGAUGCACCCCCAGUACAGAACGUCUCGACCCCCAUCUACACUCAAAUGGAGGAGGACGGUGAUGCUCUAACCUCAACGUUUACUUUUAUGCCUUCCCCUAACCCUUGACCUCACUGAAAUUAUAUUUAACCUAAACCUUGUUCCUAAUCCUAACCUUCAUGAACUUCAACCCCUAUGGCUAGACAGAUAUAGCCCACAUCACUGGGGUGGCAGAUGAGACUCUCCUCCUACCAAAGGAUCAUUGUGUAAACCACCAGCUGCAAUACCGCCACGGUAUAUAGCCAAGUGUUACAGUAGAUGACUUGGACAUGAAGUCCCCCUGUGUAGCGAGGUGUUCCGGCGGUAACGUUUCCUCACAGCUACUCGUCCGUCACAACAGAAAGGACAAAAUAGGUCAGACAGAAUUGGUC